AUGCCUUCCGUCCCACUCACGGGCAAAGAAAUACUCGGCACAGGAGUCAGCGUCAAGGAAGAGCUAAGCGAAGAUGUCACCGAAGAUACAUUCCUGGAAAUAAAAGAGGAACCACUUGAUUAUGGAGAUGAAGCGAGAAAUGAAGUGUUUAACGUGAAUGUAAUACAUGAAAAUAAUUUCCUUCAUAAUCCUCUUGAUCUGAGACAUGAAUCACAUGCAAAAGACUCAUGUAACUUGGUUCAGGAUUGUAAUGGACAUGUCAAAAAGUUACCAUUUACGGAUAAGGACUGUGGGAAGACGUGUUCAUCAGAUGGGGUUCAAGUGAUGUACGAGGAUAGACUGAAGGAGGAAACACAACUAAUAGUUGAAUCCACAAGUAAAUGUUUUGCAUGUGAGGUGUGUGGCAAGGAAGUGUCUCAAAAGAGUCACAUCAACAUUCACAUGGGAGUCCACACAAAAGAGAAGCCAUAUAACUGUGGAAUAUGCAAUAAGACAUUCUCAUCCAAAAGCGAUCUAGAAAAGCACGUUGACGUACAUACUGAGGGGAAGCCAUACAACUGUGAUAUAUGCAGCAAGACAUUUUCUAAAAGAAAUGAUCUUGUAACGCAAAUUAGAGCACAUAGAAAAGAGAAGCCAUACAUCUGUGAAAUUUGCAGCAAUACCUUCUCACGAAAAAAAAAUCUGGUGAGGCACAUGAGAACACAUACAAAGGAGAAGCCAUAUAGCUGCAAGAUUUGUAAUAAGGCCUUUUCUAAGAGAAGUAAUCUUGUAAAGCACAAUGUAGUACAUACAAAAGAGAAGCCAUAUAGCUGCGAGAUUUGCAACAAUGCAUUCUCAUGGAAAGUUAGUCUGGUAAGGCACAUGAGAACACACACUAAGGAGAAGCCAUACAGUUGUGAAAUUUGUAACAAAGUCUUCUCAAGGAAAUCUAAUGUAGCAAUUCAUAUGAGAGUACAUGCAACAGAGAAGCCAUACAAAUGUGAGAUUUGUAACAAGAACUUUUCGCAUAUAGCUAAUCUAGCGCGUCAUAGGAGAUUACACACAGAGGAGAAGCCAUACAGCUGUGAGAUUUGUAACAAUUUUUUUCACAGAAAUAUUGUCUAG